CCAAGCUGUUCAAUCAUCCACCAAUAGAAACAGAAUGAAGUCUGGCAGGCGGGCGCGCCCUCCCUUUGGUUGCUACUGAUUGCACACGAAGGAAAUGGAACCCUGCUCUCUGUCGGUUUGUGCCCACUCCGCAAAUCUUACCAUCGCAUCAGCCCUGGGUUUGUUUACACGCAAAACAAGCCGUUUUUGAUUGGAAUACGAUACGAAGAUCCAGGUCGUACAUUACUUUUCUACAAGAACAUUCCACUGCACAUUAUGCCAAAGCGCAUGGAGUAAUUCGGCGACGAUGGCUUCGUUGCGAAUGGUCGCCAAACUCCGGGCUGGAGUUUUUGGAUGUUUCGCCCACAAAACAAUCUGGCCCCGGAUUACAUUAGUGCAGAAGAACCCAGCAAGUCAUGUAGAGUGGAGCUGUCUCCCCCAAGUGGUCUUCUGCAGCACUCUAGCACCCCCCAAUGAUGUGUGGUUGCAGUAUAAACAUGGCCGACCGGUUCUGGCUGUUCCACUACCUUCCAGGCAGGAGAACUGUCUGUUCUUCCUUCGCCCUAUGUUAAUGACUGUAGGGGACCUCCUUCAUGACCUACAGAGGGAAGACCCUGGAGUCACCUCUGCCUCUGUGCUUACCACCGAAGGAGCACGGAUAGCCCACAGCACCUCCAUAGAUACUCUACUGCACAAAGACUUCCAGCUCCUCAUCAAUAGUGCUGUCUACACCAUUCACUCCCCUGAAAAAGAGGCGACUGGUGAUCAUGUGAUUAACGUGGAGGAUAUGAAGAACAUGGUACAUCUGCUCCACACUGCCCUACACCUGCCAGAACACCACCUGCAGAAGGAGAGAGAGCUGCUGGAGAGAAUGGACUGCCUCAAACAGGAGCUCUCACCUCUGGAACAGAUGAAGGGCCAGCUGGUGCGCAGCGCGGAGUUCCACUCCUCCAGGACCCUGUGGACCGGUCUGGCCCUGUUGUCUGUGCAGGGAGGGGCCCUGGCCUGGCUCACCUGGUGGGUGUAUUCCUGGGACGUCAUGGAGCCGGUUACAUACUUCCUUACCUACUCCACCAGCAUUGGGGUCUUUGCUUACUACGUCCUGACCAAACAGGACUACAUCUAUCCCGAUGCCAAAGACAGACAGUUCCUGCAUUACUUCCACAAAGGUGCCAAGAGGGAGCGCUUUGAUGUGCAGAAAUACAAUGAUCUGAGAGAGGAGUUGGCUUUGGUUGAGGAAGAUUUGAGACGUCUGAGGAAUCCAACCCAACUUCAGCUCCCUGUAGAACAGAUCCAGCCCAAGCCAUAGUGUUACGCAACCCUUUAAUCAGUGUCAAUCUAGAGGACUGGUGGACAUCCGCACAUAAUUUCUUCCCUUUUGUUUUGAUAAUGGUGCCUUUUUCUUACUAAUCCCGCAGAUCCUUUGCAUUUGUUCAGAUUGUUCGCAAUCUCUGAAGUGACACUACAGGAGUAGUGUGGAAUAACAAAUAUAUAAAUAAAUAUAAUUAGAAGCAUUU